GCGGGACGCUGGGGUCCCCUGGGGCGGGUGGCUGCGCGGGGCGGUGCUGGCGGGGCGAGGGUUAACCCACCCCUCCCCCGUCCACCUGCUUUCCCCUUCCCCCGCGUGCCCCGGGCUGACCCUCGUCCCCUCCUCUCCCCGCCCUUGGCGGGGCGGCGGCUGCUGUUGUCACCCACCGAGCCGCCUGUCCCGCUUGUCCUCCCCGCCGCGGGGCUUGCCGGGCCGGCCGGGCCGGGACAGGCGGCCGUCUUCUCACCACAGACACCGCCGCCAUGCUGGCCGCUCGCCCACCCCACUGGGGGCCCCACCGCGCCCCAGCCCCCCGUGGGCGCGCCAGCCCCGACCCGGGUCUCAGCGGCGGUGGCAGCCGAGGUGCAGGAUGCGAGAAGGCGCCCCCCCGGCCGGGCUCCCGCUCCAGGCCUCACUCCCCUGCGGUCCUCUGAGCCCACCAUGGCCGUCCCACCGGGCCAUGGUCCCUUCUCUGGCUUCCCGGGGCCCCAGGAGCACACGCAGGUAUUGCCUGAUGGGCGGCUACUGCCGCGGAGGCUGCCCCUGGCCUUCCGAGACGCGACCUCAGCCCCGCUGCGCAAGCUCUCCGUGGACCUCAUCAAGACCUACAAGCACAUCAAUGAGGUAUACUAUGCGAAGAAGAAGCGGCGGGCCCAGCAGGUGCCACCUCAGGACUCGAGCACCAAGAAGGAGAAAAAGGUCCUGAACCACGGUUAUGACGAUGACAACCAUGACUACAUCGUGCGCAGUGGCGAGCGCUGGCUGGAGCGCUAUGAGAUUGACUCACUCAUUGGCAAAGGCUCCUUCGGCCAGGUGGUGAAAGCCUAUGAUCAUCAGACCCAGGAGCUGGUGGCCAUCAAGAUCAUCAAGAACAAAAAGGCCUUCCUGAACCAGGCCCAGAUUGAGCUGCGGCUGCUGGAGCUGAUGAACCAGCAUGACACAGAGAUGAAGUACUACAUAGUGCACCUGAAGCGGCACUUCAUGUUCCGGAACCACCUGUGCCUGGUGUUCGAGCUGCUUUCCUACAACCUAUACGACCUCCUGCGCAACACGCACUUCCGUGGCGUCUCGCUGAACCUGACGCGGAAACUAGCGCAGCAGCUCUGCACGGCGCUGCUCUUCCUGGCCACGCCCGAGCUCAGCAUCAUUCACUGCGACCUCAAGCCCGAGAACAUCCUGCUCUGCAACCCCAAGCGCAGCGCCAUCAAAAUCGUGGACUUCGGCAGCUCCUGCCAGCUUGGCCAGCGGAUCUACCAGUACAUCCAGAGCCGUUUCUACCGUUCUCCCGAGGUGCUCCUGGGCACACCCUACGACUUGGCCAUUGACAUGUGGUCCCUGGGCUGCAUCCUGGUGGAGAUGCACACUGGAGAGCCCCUCUUCAGUGGCUCCAACGAGGUGGACCAGAUGAACCGGAUUGUGGAGGUGCUGGGCAUCCCACCAGCCCCCAUGCUGGACCAGGCACCCAAGGCUCGAAAGUACUUUGAGCGGCUGCCUGGGGGUGGCUGGACCCUGCGAAGGACAAAGGAACUCAGGAAGGAUUACCAGGGCCCCGGGACACGGCGGCUGCAGGAGGUGCUGGGCGUGCAGACGGGCGGGCCCGGGGGCCGGCGGGCGGGGGAGCCGGGCCACAGCCCCGCCGACUACCUCCGCUUCCAGGACCUGGUGCUGCGCAUGCUGGAGUAUGAGCCCGCCGCCCGCAUCAGCCCGCUGGGGGCUCUGCAGCACGGCUUCUUCCGCCGCACGGCUGAUGAGGCCACCAACACGGGCCCGGCAGGCAGCAGUGCCUCCACCUCGCCCGCGCCCCUCGAUACCUGCCCCUCUUCCAGCACCGCCAGCUCCAUCUCCAGCUCUGGAGGCUCCAGUGGCUCCUCCAGUGACAACCGGACCUACCGCUAUAGCAACCGAUAUUGUGGGGGCCCUGGGCCCCCCAUCGCUGACUGUGAGAUGAACAGCCCCCAGGUCCUGCCCUCCCAGCCACUGCGCCCCUGGGCAGGGGGUGAUGUGCUGCACAAGACACAUCAGGCCCCUGCCUCUGCCUCAUCACUGCCAGGGGCCGGGGCCCAGUUACCCCCUCAACCCCGAUGCCUUGGCCGUCCCCUGUCACCAACCUCGCCACCACCCCCGGAGCUGAUGGAUGUGAGCCUGGUGGGCGGCCCUCCGGACUGCUCCCAGCCUCACCCAGCGCCUGCCCCCCAGCACCCGGCUGCCUCAGCCCUCCGGACUCGGAUGACAGGAGGUCGUCCACCCCUCCCACCCCCUGAUGACCCUGCCACUCUGGGGCCUCACUUGGGCCUCUGUGGUAUACCCCAGAGCACGGCAGCCAGCUCAUGACCCUGCCCCCUCCCUGGGGCCCCUCCUGAAGCCAUACCCCCCCACCCACCCAAUCUGGGGGCCCUGGGCUCCCAUCCUCAUCUCUCCCGUUGACUGGAAUUGCUGCUACCCAGCCGGGGUGGGUGAGGCCUGCACUGAUUGGGGCCUGGGGCAGGGGUUCAAGGAGAGGGGUUUAGGCUCACCUCCCCACUAAGGACUGGACCCUUGGUCCCUUCUCUCCCCUUGUUUUCUAUUUAUUGUACCAAAGACAGUGGUGGUCCAGUGCGGGGAGGGGGAGAUUCCCUCUCACCCCAGGGCCCUAGGAGGGGGUGGGGGCAGGUAGGGGGAGAUGGCCUUGCUCCUCCUUGCUGUACCCCCCAGUAAAGAGCUUUCUCACA